AAACACAACUACACCCUCUUCAAAUGAUGUUCGAUAAGAUUUGCCAAUCGUUUUGCGAGCCAUACGCCAUUGGCAUUCGUACUCGGCGAAAUGGCAAAAGAUUAGAAUUCUAAUAAAUGAAAACGGGUUAGUUGACUUCCGAGGAGAGCAAACAACGUUGAGCAUUAUCAAAUAGACCGUGACAAAGCAAUGAAGUAAAAACGCUUAAUUAAAAUCAAAGAAAAAAACUUAAAUUGUGUUUUUAAGUUCAUUUAAUAAAAUAAGAAAACAAAGCGGCUGUUUGAAAAAUAGAAAAAAAAAAUAACAAAAACAAAAUGUUUUCAAAAUAUUGUGAAUAUUUGUUAAUAUUUAACACUUUGCUAACAGCUGUAAAAGCUUUGCAGACGGAGCAUUAUAUACUUGAACGUGAAUAUCCCUUGGAAAGGCAUCGCAUUAAAACCGAUGACGGUUACAUUCUCACCGUUCAUCGUAUUCCUCAUUCACCUUCAACACUCACUCAAUCUCAACAAAUUCCCCACUCCGCCACUCAGCAUCGCCCAAAACCAGUUAUUAUGCUACAGCAUGGUUUUGGUCUUAGCUCUGAGGGUUGGGUAUUGCCAGACCGUGAAAUUGCUUUGGCCUAUCAACUGGCCGAUGCCGGCUUCGAUGUGUGGCUAGGAAAUCAACGUGGGAAUUCCUAUUCGCAACAGCACACCCACUAUGACACCUGGACGGAUGAUUUUUGGAAUUUUUCUUUCCAUGAAAUUGGUUACUAUGAUUUGGCUGCCGUUUUCGAUUAUAUGUUGAUGAAGACCAAUAACACCGCAGUCCAUUAUGUGGGUUAUUCCCAGGGCACCACCUGUCUGUUGGUAUUAUUAGCCUCUCGUCCUGAGUAUAGGCAAAAGGUCAGAUCGUCUCAUUUGUUGGCUCCUGUUGCCUAUAUGGAGAAUAUCAAAUUGCCUCUGGUCCAAUGGGCAAGUAAUUUCGCUUUGAAUUUAGGAGAAAUGGCAGUGAAUUUUUUGGGUCACAAUGGAGUUUUGCGUUCGCAUUAUUGGCCCUUUUAUCGUACACUGUGUAAUUGGGUGUGUGGAGAGGGUGCAUAUUUGCAGGAUGCCUGUAGACAGGCCUUUGCCUAUUUUGGUGGUCCCGGCAUGAGUAACAUCAAGCAGUCGGUACUCUCAGAUGUUUGUGGUGCACAACCGGCUGGGGCGUCCAUCAAGCAAAUCCUACACUUCAUUCAAGUCUAUGUCAAGGGUAAAUUCCAACAAUACGACUAUGGCAGCAGUCAACACAAUGAAAUGCAUUACCAACAGGCGACUCCACCUGCCUAUGACAUCAGCAGCAUUAGCAAUUGUGUCCACCUCUAUUAUGGCGUAACCGAUCACUUGGCCGAUGCUCAGGAUGUGCACAAAUUGGCAAAGCGUCUGCCAUGUGCAGUGGUACAGCCCAUAAGCGAUGAGCAUGACAAAUGGAAUCACUACGAUUUCCUGUGGUCCGAAGAUGCUAAACGGCUUAUAAAUGAGCACAUUAUACGUGUGGUAAAGGAGACUGAAAGUCUUGUGACGACUACAACUGGAGGUGGUAUUUAGGGAGGUCAUUGCAUUGCUUCGCCUCCCACUUUAAAAUUUAAGUAGUUUUUUCUCUCAACAUGCGACUGAUAAUUUUUAAGUUACAUAUGUAAGUAGGUAGAAUGGCAAUAAAUUUUUAUAAUGAUGCGAUA